AUGGAACAGGACGUAUACUUGAAGAACGUCGUCAAGGUCCUACUUAGGUUCCCCGGUCUUGUCAUGGAGCCAUCCGAGAUACCUGGGGUAGACUUCCAAGCCAACGGCGACGGAUACAGCAAAUUUCCAUUCGAAGACCGCGACCCCGUGAAACCCAAUUAUCCCUACGAGAAGCUCCGCGAUCUUUUCGCACUCGACGAUGACAGGGAAGACUCGAAGACAGUCACCAAGAGAGCCUCCAAGAGAGCCUCGAAGAGGGCUAAGAACAAAGCUAACAAGAAGCAAAAGUCAGGCCGAGCCGCCAGGUCAGGCCCAAGAGUUGAUGAAGAGGACGAUGAGGAGCAACUCGACGAAAAUGGCGGCGCUGUACUGGACAGUCAGGACUUGAAGCUACGUGGCGAGGAUGGCGAGGAUGGCCAAGAUUAG